CCAAAAGUCGACAAAACCGCCGUCGCAACGUUGAAACGGCCAUCCCAAGAGGCAACCCGCGUCGCCAAAGACAUGGACGAAUCGGUGUGGGAGUCGAUGCUGAUGCGGUUCUCGCCGCAACAAAUCCUGUGCGCUUCCUUCGCUGGCAUUUUCGUACUCACGCUGGCAUUUGCGUACGUCGUUGUCGACCCGACUUUGUCCACGCGCCCGUACAAGAACCUGUCGGUCCAAUACACUGCUUGCUUUGACGACUCGACGUACACCCCUCCAAAGGACGACGAGCUCAUCAAACGAUGCUCGCUGCGCGACAUUGACCGAGAAAUUCACCUGUCGCAAACCCAAGAUACGCACGCAACGUCGUCCCUCCAUCGACGUAAGCACGGUAUGGCUUGGUUACGCCACGGGACCAUCAUCACAUCAUACACAUCACGUAUGCAUCGCCCAGGCACGACGGCGACGCAUCCAACAUCCUCUCGAUCGACGGAUGCUUAUGUGUGUGAUACGUUCAAGAACCGGUCGGCGGACUGUUCGCAUCUCCUCAAGCAAGUAGCAGGUAUCGACGUUGGAGCUUGGGUUCAUGCAGAAAACGUGGCACUCAGUCGUGGAGAUGUAGAUCGAUUCGAAGCAGGAAACGAAGACGAGAUCAAAGCUCCCCUCCAGACCAUGCACGAUAUCUUGACCUAUUUCAAGGCGCCCCCGACGCGAGAUAUCAACCAAGUUAGCAUCUUUUGCAAAGCGCUCGUCAAGCACGACGGCCUGGACCUGCUCCAAACGCUGGUGCAAACGUCGGCCGACCCUGACGUGCAAGCAAUUGCCCAGGCCAUCAUCGAAGAGGCCGUGCCGUCUAUCUGGUGCUAGGCCUCCUGGUCACCUUGUGCUAGGAGCAUUGAUAUAUACAUGCCGUUCAU